GAAAUAAAGGGUGCAAGGUUGGCAACCGUGGUCCCGUAAAAUAUGGCGCAGAUGACAGAUAUCUAAAACUCGAACGAUUUUCUUUGUUUUCGUUCGCGAUUGAGUGCCUUUUAGCGUUAAUCCCACCAAAUUUCCGGAAAACCCGAAGAAUACUGCCACGCGGAUUACUUAAACGACCGGAAAAAUCACCCGCCGCGAGAAGUGCUUAUGCGGUGUUGUUAAAUUCCUUUUAGAAAGAGACGGAACACGGCUUUAAAUCUGUCAGAUUUUCGCUCGUUUUAUGGAUUUUUGGGGAAUAUUUCGGAGAAUUCCUAUAAGUGAAGAGUUUUAACCCAAAGUUAUCAAAUGUGAAUCCUUUUCAAGAAAAUCUGGAGUGCUAGCUAAGCUAGCGUGCAAUGUGAGACGAUUGAGGGACGUUUGAGGGCCCAGUAUGGGCCAUCAGCCUUGGCCCCAAAGUGCAAUGAACCCCACAAUGCCAGCCCGUUCGUCGGGCUAUCACCAAAAGGCGCUGGAGGAGAUCCACAAUUCGUUGCUGCCCUUUGCAAAAAGCAGCGGCGAUAUUGGUGGGUCCAGCGCGGCUAGUACCAUAUCAAAUCUAUCAACGACGAGUGGGGCGAGUUCCCUCAGCUCUACUUUUGGUAGUAAUGGUACUGAAAAGGAAUACAUGAAGCAGUGUAUGACUUAUUUGAUAAAUAUUGGUUGUUCAGAGGAGAUGGCUAUUAAAGCUAUGCAAAUGUCAGAAGGGCGAAUGGAGAUUGCGGUUGAUUAUGUUAAGCCCAUUCUUGAAAAUGGUACGAAAUCUUAUCAGAAAUUGAUGAGGAAGCCGAGUAUUGAAAGAGAUUUGGUUUUGCAUCGAGGAAGUCCUGCUUUAGAUAGCGGGGCGGGUAGUUCUCGCUCUGAUAGCCCUCGGGUGGCCGAUUUACAUCCGCCUGUUAAUCGGCAAUACUCCCCUAGCAAUUUUAGCGAGCCUCCCCCGCCUCCUCCACCAAGAAAUACCCCGCCACCACCUCCGCCACACGUGUCUUACCAACCAGUGAUUCAACAAAUGUUUAAAAGGAUGUCUCCAGCACCAGGUGUGCCUUCGCGAGCGCCCCCAGCAGUGCCUUACAACUCCCCCGCUCCCUCCCAACGGGGAACUAGUCCAGUUAGUAUGGUGUCAUCAUCAGGAGGAAGGCAGCCGAUGGUUGUUCAAAAUAGCCCCCAAGUUCAGCAACAACUCACGCAACAAAUUCAAGCAUUGAAUUUAUAUCAAAGUUCAACAACAGGAAACGCAGAACCGCCCCCUCCAUAUCCAUUAAUCUCACCUUCAUCAGGGGGAAAUGCCCCACCUCCUCCGAGUUACAGCGCAUCGAUUCAAAAUCGGCAAAGUCCAACUCAAGAUUUUCGAAAAUCGCCUUCGUCGGGGAUUUAUUCUGGUUCGGCAUCGACGGGAUCUCCUAGUCCUAUCCCCGUGGCGUCUGCAACACCUACAUCCAUGCCGAGGCCAACUCCUAUGGCGGCUCGCGGGGCUAGACAAGCAAAAACCCAACCACCCAUUAUAAUGCAAUCAGUUAAAAGUACUCAGGUACAAAAACCAGUUUUACAAACAGCCGUUGCGCCCACAAGUCCUCAAAUUCCCCCAUCACCAACGAGUACAAUGCCAAUGACGAAUCCUCCCCCUCCCUACACAGCUUCAAUUCAACAAAAACAAUACGCGAAACCCGCUGCGCCAAAUCCUACAUCUCCAUCAUCGGGGGCCGUCGCCGUACCCACCACGGAACCCCCAAGCUACGCUAGUACAAUGCAAGCGAAAGCAAAAGCUGUCCAACAAAGAGUUAUGUUGCCUCCCCCACCUUAUUCCGAUGAAAACAUCGCAGCCCAAGUUGCUACAGUUGAAAGUAACAUGACUCCGAGGGCAGCCGCUCACAUUCAUCCUCCACUACAAAGGAAAUAUUCCCCAGCCGUUCAAGUAGAUUCAAGGGAAAAUUGUGAGAGUCGAUUGCCCCCAUACCCAGAUAAUGGAGCACCACCUUUACCACCUACAGCUUCAUCAUCGGUAAUAUCAAAAAACAACGUCAACAACACAAAAAAUAAUUCGGAUAAUCGUUCAGAAGGUCAACAACCUCCAUUUACAACGAUAAAACAUCAAUCACCGAUCCCCGAACGGAAACAAAUUAGUAAAGAAAAAGAGGAAGAACGGCGCGAUUCAAAAGUGCGCAAUUAUUCCCCGCAGGCAUUUAAAUUUUUUAUGGAACAACACGUCGAAAACGUCAUAAAAUCGUACAAACAACGUCUUUAUCGUAAAAUUCAACUCGAAAACGAGAUGAGUAAAAUCGAUCUGAAACCCGACGAUCGGUUGCAAAUGCGCAAAAUGUUAUCGCAAAAAGAAUCGAAUUACAUACGGUUGAAACGGGCGAAAAUGGAUGAGAGUAUGUUUGUGAAAAUUAAACCGAUCGGCGUGGGGGCUUUCGGUGAGGUUACUUUGGUGAAGAAAAUCGACACCAAUCAUCUUUACGCGAUGAAAACUUUAAGGAAAAGCGAUGUUUUGAAACGAAAUCAAGUGGCGCAUGUUAAAGCGGAACGAGAUAUUUUAGCGGAAGCCGAUAAUGAAUGGGUCGUUAAGUUGUACUAUUCGUUUCAAGACAGUGAUAUUUUGUAUUUUGUUAUGGAUUAUAUACCCGGGGGUGAUUUAAUGUCUUUACUUAUUAAAUUUGGGGUGUUUCAAGAGCAUCUAGCCAGGUUUUACAUUGCUGAAUUAACCUGCGCGGUAGAAAGCGUACAUAAAAUGGGAUUUAUCCAUAGAGAUAUUAAACCAGAUAAUAUCUUAAUCGAUAAAGAAGGACAUAUUAAAUUGACCGAUUUUGGGUUAUGCACCGGGUUUAGAUGGACGCAUAAUUCGAAAUAUUAUCAACCCAAUGGUGAUCACAGCAGACAGGAUUCAAUGGAACCAAUUGAUGAUUGGGAUGAGGAGUGUUGGUGUAAACCGUUGGAACGAAGGCGCCGUAUGGAACAUCAAAGGUGCUUGGCGCAUUCUUUAGUUGGUACGCCGAAUUAUAUAGCACCGGAAGUCCUGGAACGAACGGGGUAUACGCAAUUAUGUGAUUGGUGGAGUGUUGGUGUUAUUCUUUAUGAAAUGUUGGUUGGAAGUCCUCCAUUUUUAGCUAAUUCGCCAGCGGAAACACAACACAAAGUUAUUCAUUGGGAAACAACACUUCGCAUCCCUCAAGAAGCAAAUCUAAGUAAAGAAAGUACCGAUUUAAUAUUAAAAUUAUGUACAAGUGCCGAUCGCCGACUCGGUCAAAAAGCAUCAGAAGUAAAAUCGCACGUUUUCUUUAAAGAGAUUGAUUUCGAGAAAGGUUUACGCCGACAACCUGCCCCCUACAAACCCAAGAUUGAAUCGCCAACGGAUACGUCGAAUUUCGACGAAAUCAGCCCCGAACAACUCCGAAAUUUUGGCUCGUUAGAUUCUGAUGAACAACUUGAUAAGCAACACCCAGGUUUUUACGAAUUUACGUUUCGAAGGUUUUUUGAUGAUGUUGUUGGAUCGGAUUUUAAUCGCAUUAAUUUGGACGAUAACGAAAAUCAGGGUGCUAUUUAUGUAUGAAAAAAAAGGGGGGAAAAAUCUUUUUUUCUUUUUGUUUUUUAUUUUUGUUUAAAAUUUUCGGGCUGGAACCCGAUUAUAAAAUUAUAACCCCGUCCAAAAAUGUGCUCUCUCUGUAUUUAUCUCUCUCACUCUAUAAUACAUAAAAAAAUGUUUGUGGAGGAAAUGAUUUUAUAAAAAUGAAAAGAAGAAAAGAUGGGAAAAUCAGGUUAGAAAAUGAUAGGAAAGGUUUUUUUUGGAUUGCAUCUGUGAUAUUGUUAAUAUCAUUUAAUUUUUUUGGAUUAAAAGGUAAGGUGAUGAUGGAGGAUUUAUUACAAAAUAUAUGGAUUGAUUUUUUUUUGUUUGAGGAAAAUUUAAGUGCUCAAUUUUAACUCUAAUAAUUUAAAUAGAAUGAGGAAAAAGCGCGAGAAAUGAAAAUAAAAUAAAUAAACUAACAUAAAUGUAGAUUUUAAACAAACGUGUAAAGUACAAGUUUUUUCUUUUUUUGUAGUAUAUUUGUGUACUAAAAAAUUAAACUGGAGUUAUCUUUAAUAAAAGAGUUGAUCGAAUAACGUUGUACAGAAACUAUAAAUAUUUUUUAAAAAACAAUAAAUUAUUAUGAGAAAAAGAAAAUGAUGUGAACAUUAUGGUGCUAUGUUAUCAUAGAUUUUUAAAAUGAUUUUAAGAAAAAAUACACUAUUUAUGUAUA